ACAAGGCAAAGCACAAAACUUGAACUCUUCAAGACCAUUCGACAAUGGUGACAAUCCCUUUCUUUGUCCUAAACAUCCUCCUUUUCCUCUCCAGCUCCGCGGCCACACCAGAGAGCGGUGCAGAUCACGACCUGGUCCGUUCAUCAUGUGUCCACGCCAGCUAUCCAAGCCUCUGUUUUCGCACCCUUUCUUCCUACUCCGGCCCAGCCAACACCCCACGUGAGUUAGCCCAAGCCGCCGUAAAAGUCAGCCUGUCCCGUGCCCGUAAAGUGUCGAACUACUUGUCGACGAGUGUGACGGGGUACAACAAGAGGGAACGAGUCGCACUGAGUGACUGCGUGGAGCAAAUAGAUGAGUCGAUGGAGGAGUUGAGCAAGACAUUAGGGGAGUUGAAGCACUUGAGAGGGGAGACGUUCGAGUUUCAGAUGAGUAAUGCGCAGACAUGGGUGAGUGCGGCGCUGACGAAUGAGGACACGUGUCUUGAUGGGUUCGAAGGAGUUGACGGCAAGGUUAAAUCUAAUGUGAAGAGGAAGAUCACGAAUGUGGCUAAAGUUACCAGUAAUGCUCUGUACAUGAUCAAUAGGCUCAAUGAAAGUCGUGGUAGGCACCGUUGAAUCUUUGAUGAUGAUGAUGAUGAAUAAUGGAUGGUUGUGAUUUAUCUAGCUUAUUAUGGUUCUUAAAUAUAGUUUUUAUUUUGGCUUUGGUUGCAAGCUGUAUUUGUAAUGUUUUCUAUUUAUAUAUUAAACGUAAGGUGAUAUGCGUUUUUUUCUUGUA